AUGGACACACUUACAGACUCCGGCUAUGCCGACCCCGUCAAAACCUCAUCCAGUACAGCUCAGCCUGCCCCCCAGCUGGCACUGCUGGACUUCUUCUUCCCGGGCUUCAGCAUCUUCACGACAGCCUUCCAAAAGUACCUUGGCAUCGACCUCAACGUCUACAUCCCCUUGGUGAUCCUCUGCGGCGGCGCCACCUUUGCCUGGCGGUACUUUAGCGAGUAUCUCUGGGAAAGGGUCGAGAAGCACCUCAUGUCGACAGUCGAAGUCCGCACCGACGACGAAAUUUACAACAUUCUCAUGUCCUGGGUCGCCGCCCAGAGAUUCGCCAAAAACUCCCGGCGCUUCGUUGUCAACACAAAUCUGAGCUCACGAUCCUGGUUCCUCUGGCGCUGGGACAACGACGACGAGGAGGAGUCGGACGACUCUUCUUCCGACGGUGGCCUGGUCGAGAUCACCGGCCAGAAGAAGAAGCCCCUCGCCUACACGCCCAGCUUUGGCAGCCACUCCUUCUGGUACCGCGGCCACCUGCUGCUCUUUAAGCGGAGCCAAAACCGCGAGCAGGCCUCGUACCUUGUUGUCAGCGAACGCGAGGAGAUCAGCGUCUCGUGCUUCGGCCGCAACCCUUGGAUCCUCAAGGAGCUCCUCCAGGAGGCCCGCGCUGAGUAUCUCAAAAAGGACUCCCAGAAGACCAUGAUCUACCGCGGCAGCACCCGCGCGGGCACCACGGAGCCCAUGUGGCAGCGGUGCAUGGCCCGGACGUCCCGACCUUUCUCGACGGUUAUCCUCAACGAGAAGACCAAGAAGGAGCUCGUGGAAGACGUUGCAGACUACCUCUCACCCGUGACCCGAAAGUGGUACUCCAACCGCGGCAUCCCCUGGCGCCGCGGGUACCUCCUGACGGGACCCCCCGGCACCGGCAAGUCUUCGCUCUCGCUCGCACUUGCCGGCUUUUUCAAGAUGAGGAUCUAUAUCGUGAGCCUGAGCUCCAUCUCGGCGAACGAGGAGAACCUCGCCACCUUGUUUGCCGAGCUCCCCCGGCGGUGUGUGGUUCUCCUCGAGGACAUUGACACUGCCGGCCUGACGCACACCCGAGAGAAUAACGGAAAUGCCGAUGUCACGGACUCGAAGGAGGGAAGUGGCCAUAUGGUUCCCGGCCAGGUGACAGUGGGAAACGGUGCAAGCAACACCAGCGGCCGCCUUUCCUUGUCGGGCCUGCUCAACAUUCUCGACGGUGUAGCCAGCCAGGAGGGUCGGGUUCUGAUCAUGACCACCAAUCACGUCGAGAAGCUCGACAAGGCUCUCAUUCGACCUGGCCGCGUUGAUCAGAUUGUCAAGUUCACCUUGGCUGACGCUGAAAUCAUCGGUGCCAUAUUCCGCGCCAUCUACGCCCCUCUCGAGGGUGACGCAAACGUCAUGCCCCUCCAGCAUCUAUGUGACGACCACACCCCCGAGGAUGAGAAGAGACAAGCCGCCAAGCGAACCGCAGAGAUCGUCGCCAACGUCGAGGCGCUCUCCGAGGACUUCGUCUCCGAGAUCCCCGCGUACGAGUUUAGCCCCGCUGAGAUCCAGGGGUACCUCAUGAAGCACAAGCGCAGCGCCGAGACCGCGGUCGCCAGGGCCGCGGAGUGGGUGACGGAGAUGCGCAAGGAGAAGAAGGAGAAGGAGCUCAAAGCCGCCGAGGAGAAACGCAAGGCUGAGAGCAAGAAGAAGGAGGAAGAGGAGAAGAAGCGCAAGCAGGAGGCUGAGGAGAAGAAGAAGAAGGAGGCUGAGGAGAAGCGGAAGGAGCAGAGGGUAAAGCAGCGCAAGGCUGAGAAGAAGAGCAAGCGGAGCAGGGAGACAGAGGCAUCAUCGAUCUCUUCUGACUCGUCCUCCGAGUCCGAUCCCGGCUCCGGCUCGGAUUUGGAUGCCCCCAUCGAGGUGACGGUGACGGUGACGGGGCCGGGAGAAACCAAGGGUUCGGAGAAGCAAGAGCCGGUGGUGGCUUCGGGAGCAAUGGCCGAGCACGGGGCUCAGGAUGUCAAACAAAAGCGAGAUUCGGGUUACAGUACCCCAGUGGAGGUUUGA